UCCCCGUGAAUUCAGAGGGAAACGUUUCCUCCUCUCACUUUUAACUCAGCUGAUGUAGCAACGGUUUGGCUCAGGUGUUAAAAGAUAGUCCAGUUGUUGUUUGUUUUUUUGUUUUUUGCAAGCGAAAGGGAAGUUUGGACAUGAAAGUGGUCAGCGGGUAGAAAAAGCACUAGAAUCCGUUCUCCCAGCGUGCGGCAUCAUGAAGCCGUUACUGCGCUUCAGCGUCCCUCUGUGGACUCUUCUGGUCUUCAGCGCCUUCCUCAAGAGCACCCGAGCAGAAUGUACCUCAAAUUGUACAACAACAACAACAACAACAACAACAACAGUGAUGACAACAACAGAUGUCACCGUUCAACUUAAACAAAACAGCACCUUAACAGUUGGGAAUAAUGCCUCUGGAAAUGGUUUAAUAACUGGUUCGACUCGCGAAGCUGUCUCUUCAAGUGCCCCUAACUGUUCAGACUGCUCCAGUGUGUCACAAAUCACACCAAAACCUGCUGUGGUCAAGGAUCUUACUGUCACCAAUGUCACAACAACAUCUGUGUCUUUGAGUUGGACUAAACCAGAUGGGGGUGUUGACUGGUACAUAAUCCGGUGGAAUGGGACACAACAGGUCUCCAAUCGCACAAAUGAAACUUCCUUUACUAUUCAAGGCUUAACCCCUGGCACCCAGUACAACAUUACAGUGGCUGCUGUAAACCAGUCAGAUGAGGGAGAUAACAGCUACAUAUCUACCUUCACAAAACCUGCUGUGGUCAAGAACCUUACUUUCACCAAUGUCACAACAACAUCUGUGACUAUAAAUUGGACUAAACCAGAUGGGGGUGUUGACUGGUACAUAAUCCGGUGGAAUGGGACACAACAGGUCUCCAAUCGCACAAAUGAAACUUUCUUUACUAUUCCAGGCUUAACCCCUGGCACCCAGUACAGCAUUACAGUGGCUGCUGCUGUAAACCAGUCAAUUGAGGGCGAUAACAGCUAUACAUCUACCUUCACAAAACCUGCUGUGGUCAAGAACCUUACUUUCACUGGUUUCACAACAACAUCUGUGUCUAUAAGUUGGACUAAACCUGAUGGGGGUGUCGACUGGUACAUAAUCCGGUGGACCGGGGGACAACAGGUCUCCAAUCGCACAAAUGAAACUUCCUUUACUAUUCAAGGCUUAACCCCUGGCACCCAGUACAACAUUACAGUGGCUGCUGCUGUAAACCAGUCAAUUGAGGGCGAUAACAGCUAUACAUCUACCUUCACAAGGCCUGAAAAUCCUGGGACCAUUAGUGUUACACAAGGAACCAACACCUUAAGCAUCAGCUGGAUUUUGCCUCGAGGAAACAUUAGUUAUUAUCAGGUCAAUAUAUCCAAUGAAAACUUAGUAUUUACAAACUCCAGUCAAACAGUGGCCACAACAACCAGUUUUACUUAUUUAAAACCCGGGAGGCUCUAUAAUAUCACAGUGACUGCUUUUGCUGGAAACUUCUGGAAUACAUCUGACCAGGUGUCAUUUGCCACUGUUCCCAAACCUCCUGGGUCCAUCAUCUUCAGUAGCCGGAGCAACUCCUCACUCCAGCUGCAGUGGGCAACACCUGAUGAGAUGAUCGGAGCUCCAGACAUCAUAUACAGUAUCACCUAUCAGGCUGUGGGUGGUCCCAGUCAAAACACAACUUCCACACAAAAUAACACUUUGCUUUCACUCCUUGACUCUGGAACCAACUACACUGUAACAGUAAAAACUAUUGGACCUGGAAAUUUAAGCAGCACGGUUGUUCAGAAUUCUUCUUUUACCUUGCCAAACCCUGUGAGGAAUCUAAUAGUCAGCCCUGAAUCUACUACUUCACUAAAUGUGAACUGGUUAAACCCACUGGAGGUCAAAUCGUAUUACAGAUACUUAGUUGACACUUACAAUGACACAGGAGGACUUAUUUACUCAACAAAUAUCACCAAUAACAGCACUUCUGUACCGAAUCUAAACCCAGGAACUAACUACAGUGUCACAGUCAGAACAAAAGCUGCAGAAGGAAGUGAAUCUACGGUGGAAAAGGCAUUCAAUUACACAAUGCCCAAACCAGUGGCCAACCUCACAGUGGAGACUGUGACCAUGACCUCCAUCAUGUUGACGUGGUCCAGACAAAAUGAUUACAAGCCUUCCUACUCCUACCUGGUCAUAGCAAGACAGAAUGGCAGCGAGAUAAAGAAUGAUUCGACAAAGAAUGAGACCUACACCUUGUAUAAUCUGACCCCUGGAGAGCUGUACACAUUUUCUGUGUUCACAGUUAUAGCAGGGGUCAAAUUCACAGAGGAAAAUGCACAGAGUUACACAAUACCUGAAGCAGUCUCAAACAUUACAGCCGUAGGAACCACAACUAGCCUUUCAGUGAGCUGGACACUGGUGACAGGGAAGGUCUUCAGUUACAGUGUUGUGCUAAAUAGUGCUGGACAGUUAGUGAACAGGACGGUAAACAAUCAAACUACAAACACAGUCUUUGGGGGCUUGACACCAGGAGUAAUUUACUGUGUGCAGUUGAUCACCAAAAGUGGACCUUAUGAGAAUAACAGUUCACUUGUCUGCAACGCAACUUUUCCCAACCCUCCUGGCUCCAUCACAGUGCAAUCUCAGACGGUUAAUUCCAUCAACUUCACCUGGGCCCUUCCACAGAACAUGAGCCAAAAGCAAUACAACUUUAGUGUCACCACCACUAACAACACCUUUGUGAAAGAAGACAACUGGUUCCUGCUGGGGAACCUCACAUCUGGAAGCCCCUACAAUAUCUCUGUUGUUACUGUGGGUGUGAUGGGAUAUAACAGUGCAUCAGUGACAACAGUAAACUAUACCAGACCAUUUCCUGUAUCCAAUCUGACUCAGACAGAAAUAACUACAAAUGCAGUGACCUUGGUGUGGACACAGCAGGAGAGCAAAUUAAGCUACUCUUAUUGGGUGCAGGUCACCAACAAGUCCAAUGUUACUGUAAACGAAUUAAAUGUGAAAAUAACAAAUGCAACAAUCAUAAAUCUUCGUUCUGGGAGCAACUUCAACUUCACUGUCACUACACUAACAGCAGAUGGCACUCAGGCAGAUCCUGUGACAGUGUCUUACUUCACACGGCCAUAUGAUAUUACUGAGUUGAAGGCUGAAACCAUAAACACAACUGCUAUAAAUCUGAAUUGGACGAAGCCAGCUGAGUACAGGGAUGACUAUAAAUAUCGAGUUGCUACAUCAGGCUGUGCCUACAAAAACGACACUCUGGGACAAGAAACCAUACAGAUCUCAGGCCUCAACCCUGGGACCAACUGUACCUUCUGUGUUUCUGUCAUGGCAGCAAAUGGCAUUGAAGGACAAACAGUCUGCACCUCUCAGUACACCAAGCCCGAGACAGUACAGCCCACUAUCUCAGGUCAUUCGAAUAGUUCCAUCACCGUGACAUGGACGAAACCUAAAGGAAAUGUGGAGCGUUACAGUUUGCAGCUAAUACGUAAUACAACUAUUCAAUCCCUGAUCAAUUUGACUGCACCGUACCAGUUUGAAAACCUGUCAGCUGGACGGGAGUACAGCGUCAUGUUAACCACAAUAAGUGGACCCUUCAAUGCAUCAUCUGAACUUGUUACUAACGCCACUUUCCCUAACCCUCCUGGGCAGAUUAAGAACCUGAGUAAAACAACAAGUUCCAUUGAAACUCAAUGGACAGAGGCGCCUCUGAUGACUGGUGCAAAAUUCUACUACCUGCUGACUUACACAUCAUCCCAGCAAUCCAACAAUAUAAAUACCACAAACACCAGCUGGAACUUCUCUUCCCUGUCUUCUGGGACUUCCUACAACAUUUCUGUGACAACUGUGGGAGAAUUGGGAUUUCAGAGUGAGACGGUUUACAUCUACAUGGUCACAACAAAGCCUGAAGUAGUCACGAGUCUCUCUGCUGCUAAUAUUACAACAUCAUCUAUCUUUGUGAGCUGGACUAAACCAGUGGGAAACAGCUCCUUCUAUAAAGUACAGUGGACAGGUGGAGGAAGGAACUUCUCUGUAAAUGUCUAUGAGACGUCGUAUAAUAUUGCUAACCUGACUGCUGGUGUCCAGUAUGAAAUAACUGUCACUGCAGUGGCUGGUGAUGGUUAUACUGAAGGACAGAGUGCUACUGUCACCAAGUACACAAAACCCGAAAAAGUGAAGACGCUUACUGUCAGUGAAAUCAGGACAUCCUCUAUAUUUCUGAAUUGGACUGACCCACAGGGUGAAAGGUCAUUCUAUAGAGUAGAGUGGACAGAUGGAACAAUAAAAAACAAUAAGACUGUCACUGAAACUAAAGUAAAUGUCACUGAGCUGACUCCUGGAGUGUGCUACACUUUCACUGUCACAGCAGUGGCUGGAGAUAACAGAACAGAAAGUGACGUAGCAACACUUUCUAAAUGCACAAAGCCUGAAGUAGUCACGAGUCUCUCUACUGCUAAUAUUACAACAUCAUCUAUCUUUGUGAGCUGGACUAAACCAGUGGGAAACAGCUCCUUCUAUAAAGUACAGUGGACAGGUGGAGGAAGGAACUUCUCUGUAAAUGUCUAUGAGACGUCGUAUAAUAUUGCUAACCUGACUGCUGGUGUCCAGUAUGAAAUAACUGUCACUGCAGUGGCUGGUGAUAAUUAUACUGAAGGACAGAGUGCUACUGUCACCAAGUACACAAAACCCGAAAAAGUGAAGACGCUUACUGUCAGUGAAAUCAGGACAUCCUCUAUAUUUCUGAAUUGGACUGACCCACAGGGUGAAAGGUCUUUAUAUAGAGUAGAGUGGACAGAUGGAACAAUAAAAAUGAAUAAGACUGUCACUGAAACUAAAGUAAAUGUCACUGAGCUGACUCCUGGAGUGUGCUACACUUUCACUGUCACAGCAGUGGCUGGAGACAACAGAACAGAAAGUGACGUAGCAACACUUUCUAAAUGCACAAAGCCUGAAGUAGUCACGAGUCUCUCUGCUGCUAAUAUUACAACAUCAUCUAUCUUUGUGAGCUGGACUAAACCAGUGGGAAACAGCUCCUUCUAUAAAGUACAGUGGACAGGUGGAGGAAGGAACUUCUCUGUAAAUGUCUAUGAGACGUCGUAUAAUAUUGCUAACCUGACUGCUGGUGUCCAGUAUGAAAUAACUGUCACUGCAGUGGCUGGUGAUGGUUAUACUCAAGGACAGAGUGCCACUGUCACCAAGUACACAAAACCCGAAAAAGUGAAGACGCUUACUGUCAGUGAAAUCAGGACAUCCUCUAUAUUUCUGAAUUGGACUGACCCACAGGGUGAAAGGUCAUUCUAUAGAGUAGAGUGGACAGAUGGAACAAUAAAAAUGAAUAAGACUGUCACUGAAACUAAAGUAAAUGUCACUGAGCUGACUCCUGGAGUGAGCUACACUUUCACUGUCACAGCAGUGGCUGGAGAUGACAGAACAGAAAGUGACGUAGCAACACUUUCUAAAUGCACAAAGCCUGAAGUAGUCACGAGUCUCUCUGCUGCUAAUAUUACAACAUCAUCUAUCUUUGUGAGCUGGACUAAACCAGUGGGAAACAGCUCCUUCUAUAAAGUACAGUGGACAGGUGGAGGAAGGAACUUCUCUGUAAAUGUCUAUGAGACGUCGUAUAAUAUUGCUAACCUGACUGCUGGUGUCCAGUAUGAAAUAACUGUCACUGCAGUGGCUGGUGAUGGUUAUACUCAAGGACAGAGUGCCACUGUCACCAAGUACACAAAACCCGAAAAAGUGAAGACGCUUACUGUCAGUGAAAUCAGGACAUCCUCUAUAUUUCUGAAUUGGACUGACCCACAGGGUGAAAGGUCAUUCUAUAGAGUAGAGUGGACAGAUGGAACAAUAAAAAACAAUAAGACUGUCACUGAAACUAAAGUAAAUGUCACUGAGCUGACUCCUGGAGUGUGCUACACUUUCACUGUCACAGCAGUGGCUGGAGAUGACAGAACAGAAAGUGACGUAGCAACACUUUCUAAAUGCACAAAGCCUGAAGUAGUCACGAGUCUCUCUGCUGCUAAUAUUACAACAUCAUCUAUCUUUGUGAGCUGGACUAAACCAGUGGGAAACAGUUCCUUCUAUAAAGUACAGUGGACAGGUGGAGGAAGGAACUUCUCUGUAAAUGUCUAUGAGACGUCGUAUAAUAUUGCUAACCUGACUGCUGGUGUCCAGUAUGAAAUAACUGUCACUGCAGUGGCUGGUGAUAAUUAUACUGAAGGACAGAGUGCUACUGUCACCAAGUACACAAAACCCGAAAAAGUGAAGACGCUUACUGUCAGUGAAAUCAGGACAUCCUCUAUAUUUCUGAACUGGACUGACCCACAGGGUGAAAGGUCUUUAUAUAGAGUAGAGUGGACAGAUGGAACAAUAAAAAACAAUAAGACUGUCACUGAAACUAAAGUAAAUGUCACUGAGCUGACUCCUGGAGUGUGCUACACUUUCACUGUCACAGCAGUGGCUGGAGAUAACAGAACAGAAAGUGACGUAGCAACACUUUCUAAAUGCACAAAGCCUGAAGUAGUCACGAGUCUCUCUGCUGCUAAUAUUACAACAUCAUCUAUCUUUGUGAGCUGGACUAAACCAGUGGGAAACAGCUCCUUCUAUAAAGUACAGUGGACAGGUGGAGGAAGGAACUUCUCUGUAAAUGUCUAUGAGACGUCGUAUAAUAUUGCUAACCUGACUGCUGGUGUCCAGUAUGAAAUAACUGUCACUGCAGUGGCUGGUGAUGGUUAUACUCAAGGACAGAGUGCCACUGUCACCAAGUACACAAAACCCGAAAAAGUGAAGACGCUUACUGUCAGUGAAAUCAGGACAUCCUCUAUAUUUCUGAAUUGGACUGACCCACAGGGUGAAAGGUCUUUAUAUAGAGUAGAGUGGACAGAUGGAACAAUAAAAAUGAAUAAGACUGUCACUGAAACUAAAGUAAAUGUCACUGAGCUGACUCCUGGAGUGUGCUACACUUUCACUGUCACAGCAGUGGCUGGAGACAACAGAACAGAAAGUGACGUAGCAACACUUUCUAAAUGCACAAAGCCUGAAGUAGUCACGAGUCUCUCUGCUGCUAAUAUUACAACAUCAUCUAUCUUUGUGAGCUGGACUAAACCAGUGGGAAACAGCUCCUUCUAUAAAGUACAGUGGACAGGUGGAGGAAGGAACUUCUCUGUAAAUGUCUAUGAGACGUCGUAUAAUAUUGCUAACCUGACUGCUGGUGUCCAGUAUGAAAUAACUGUCACUGCAGUGGCUGGUGAUGGUUAUACUCAAGGACAGAGUGCCACUGUCACCAAGUACACAAAACCCGAAAAAGUGAAGACGCUUACUGUCAGUGAAAUCAGGACAUCCUCUAUAUUUCUGAAUUGGACUGACCCACAGGGUGAAAGGUCUUUAUAUAGAGUAGAGUGGACAGAUGGAACAAUAAAAAACAAUAAGACUGUCACUGAAACUAAAGUAAAUGUCACUGAGCUGACUCCUGGAGUGUGCUACACUUUCACUGUCACAGCAGUGGCUGGAGAUAACAGAACAGAAAGUGACGUAGCAACACUUUCUAAAUGCACAAAGCCUGAAGUAGUCACGAGUCUCUCUGCUGCUAAUAUUACAACAUCAUCUAUCUUUGUGAGCUGGACUAAACCAGUGGGAAACAGCUCCUUCUAUAAAGUACAGUGGACAGGUGGAGGAAGGAACUUCUCUGUAAAUGUCUAUGAGACGUCGUAUAAUAUUGCUAACCUGACUGCUGGUGUCCAGUAUGAAAUAACUGUCACUGCAGUGGCUGGUGAUGGUUAUACUCAAGGACAGAGUGCCACUGUCACCAAGUACACAAAACCCGAAAAAGUGAAGACGCUUACUGUCAGUGAAAUCAGGACAUCCUCUAUAUUUCUGAAUUGGACUGACCCACAGGGUGAAAGGUCUUUAUAUAGAGUAGAGUGGACAGAUGGAACAAUAAAAAACAAUAAGACUGUCACUGAAACUAAAGUAAAUGUCACUGAGCUGACUCCUGGAGUGUGCUACACUUUCACUGUCACAGCAGUGGCUGGAGAUAACAGAACAGAAAGUGACGUAGCAACACUUUCUAAAUGCACAAAGCCUGAAGUAGUCACGAGUCUCUCUGCUGCUAAUAUUACAACAUCAUCUAUCUUUGUGAGCUGGACUAAACCAGUGGGAAACAGCUCCUUCUAUAAAGUACAGUGGACAGGUGGAGGAAGGAACUUCUCUGUAAAUGUCUAUGAGACGUCGUAUAAUAUUGCUAACCUGACUGCUGGUGUCCAGUAUGAAAUAACUGUCACUGCAGUGGCUGGUGAUGGUUAUACUCAAGGACAGAGUGCCACUGUCACCAAGUACACAAGUAAGUGAGCAUUUAAAUGUUUUUCAUACCGUAAAUUAGUGACUGUCUGCUGAGGAUACCUGGUAAAAUAAGGAGUCUUCUAUCCUCAUAAGAUAAGAUCAAUUCAAAGGAAAGUAGAAGUAGUAAUCCAGAUGUAGAAGAAGAAGCCCUUUGAAGUGAGAAGGUUGGAUCUCUCACCGAUGUGUUCUCAUAUGAGAGUUGUAGUUGUGCUCACUCUGUGUUUGAGUAACAGCUCCAACAAUGGUUUGCAUUUCUUUUGUACGUCUAGUUUAGAUCUUCCUCUGAACUUCCAGCUGCAUGAAAUGUUACAGGGUCAGCAUG